UUGCUCCUGCAGCAGGGGUAUAUAAAAGAGGGGCGGACACCAACUGGCCCAAACGUCAGAGCGCACACAACUAUAAAUCUCUCCAAACUGCCCCCUGUGCCCGCUGCGGUGUUAUGCGCAGACAUCUGUCCGGAUUCAGUCCCAGUAUGAGGACAGCGCGUGAGGAAACUCUUCAUAGACUCUGUCAGACCUGGAGAACAUGGAGACUAAACACCCUCUCAUGAGUCGAGAUAUUGUCAGAUGUGGGCGAUUAUGAGCAUUUUUCUGGAUUACGCAGCGUUUUGAGUGUUCUCCAAAGAGGCAGACAGACCUUUCUUGCACUCUUGGAAGAAGAUAUUGUGGACACUUUGCGCCUCGGAGACGCUGAUGUCUUCAUUGGACUCCUUUCAGUCGGAGAUGGUGGAACUUUCUCGGAUUUCCAACGUGGAAACGUAGCAUCCAAUUAAUCAGCGACUGCAACUGUACCCCGUGAGGCGCAGCGGCACUAGGUCCGCGUCUCUUCAACACCUACCUUUGGACUCCAAAGUGUGGAGAGACGCAUGGUUUGGUUGGUGCGCUGGAUCGGAGUAUGAAGGACCCAGCUGGUGAUAUUUCAUUUUUUUCCUGUUGGGACAUAAACUAAACGUGGACUAUUUUUGAGGAAAUUCUCACAGUGUGGCUGUUCGAACAAUUCAUGCAGCUGAUUCAGCUUGGACUCUAAAUGAGUCGCGUUUUCUGUUUGGAUUUUAACGCUAACAGACAAGCAAGUUUCAGGUCUGCAUGGGCCAUAUUUAAGCUUUCCUUAUCGGAACUGAGUCUAAGAUGAAGUUAUGGGAUGUUUUGGCCACGUGUUUGUUGCUCCUGAGCUCUGUCGCUACACGGCCUCUCUACCGAAACACUUACUACCCAGCCAAGAGGACUUAUUAUCCCAGCAGCUACAGUGAUCCUGUUCCACUGUCUGCGACGGACGAGGAGGAGGAGGAGGCGGCGACAGCGUACCAGCGUGAAGACCACAACCUGCAGGAGAUCUCUAUGGAGGAUCAAUAUGACAUCGCAGGCCCCUAUCCUGAGCAGCUUGAUGAUGUAAUGGAUUUUAUCGAGGCUACCAUUGGCCGACUCCGUAGAUCGUCAGAUCCCAGAGGGGGCUCCAGGGGACGGAGGGAGCAACAGAGACAGAGGGGAGCAGCAAACACAGGGGGCACAAGAGGAGAGGGGAGAGGACAUGGAGACAGGAGGCGAAACCGGGGGCGAGGGGGAAGUCGAGGUAGCAAAGGAGGGCGAGGCGAAAGAGGGAGGGAGAGGAUAUCAGUGCAGACUCGAGGCUGCUUGCUAAAGGAGGUCCACCUCAAUGUGACAGAUUUGGGGCUGGGCUACCAGACUAAAGAGGAGCUGAUCUUUCGGUACUGCAGCGGCCCUUGCGCUGAGGCCGAGACAAACUAUGACAAGAUACUUAACAACCUCACACACAACAAGAAGCUGAACAAGGACACGCCCUCACGCACCUGCUGUCGACCCAUCGCUUUUGACGAUGACUUAUCUUUCUUGGACGACAAUGUUGUGUAUCACACGUUGAAGAAGCAUUCUGCCAGGAAGUGUGGCUGUGUCUGAGUCGCAUGGAUGUGGCAAAAUAGCAGACAUGAGUAGCAACAGUGAACUAAGGAUCACUUUACAAUCUGAUGCUGCAAAGGCAGAAAUCCCUGUCUGGAAUGGGUAUCAAAGGUCAAAGAUGGAGUGAUUUGUCUCUAGUUUUAUGUAACAAAAUGCCUCAAUGACCUAAAAGUUAACGGAAAAGCUGCUGCAAGAGGAACCUAUACAUCUACUUUUGACAGUCUGGGCUCUGAUAUGGACAUUGCAAUGUGGCACAUGCAAAAAAGUAUGAGGUGUGCAGCAUUUUGCAGAUGAAACAAUACUGCUACACUUACAGAUCUGCUACCUGUGUAGUCCUAACAUUUGUGAGUGAAGAAAAUUAGCAUCUAAAGUUGUAUUGUUUUUCCAACUUGGAUAUAUGAGGAGUAUUUAAGCUGUCAUUUAAAUCACUCCCACUACAUUGUCUGGAUUUGGACACAAAUAUUUAGAGCCAAUGGAUGACAAAGGAAACCCACACCAGAGCUCAGCAAAGACUUUUGGGUCAUCUAGAUAAAACCCUAUCAUUUAUAUAUGUAUACAAAUAUAUAUAUAUAUAUAUAUAUAUAUACAUACACAUGUGUGUAAGAGGUAUAUUUAUUAAGAUGGAAUUAACUUAUUGUUAUUUAUUUUGAUCCAUUUUAUGAAAGAAAUAGUUGUUUUUUUCUUAUUUAUUUAAAGCUUUGUCUGUCCUGGAUGGUGCCAAAGUGGAGCAUUUUCUCAAGCAGAGUCCAGAAAACCUGAUCCAGAAUCGUAUAACACUCAUCCAUACAUUCUGAUAGUGCUUUUUAGCUUCACUUAGAUUCCAGUUUUUCUAAAACAGUCUAACUGAUUAACAUCACCAAGUUCAGAAGGAGACACAGAGGAGGGGACCAAUGGAAGGUUUUUGAUUGAGUUCAUCUGUAGUUUGGGAGCAUUUUGAGGGACAGACUUUAUUUUUGGACAUUUCAUUUAUUUUUGGACAGUUUGGUCGCACCAAGACAGACAGUUGCAUGCAAUUCCCAGCACCUGGUAAUAGACUCCUUAUCAAACAGUGCUACAUUCAGUAUGUUUACAGGCAGAAAAAGUCGAUUCAUCCAGCUUAAAUAGUCUGACUAAAACUGGGCUUUUAAAACAUGCAGUGCCUAUAAAAAGUAUUCGACCUCUUGGAUGUUUUACCAUUUUAUUGAUUUUAUAAACCAAUCAUGGUCAAUUUAAUUUGGCUUUUUCU